CUUCUGCUCAUUUACGGCCACGGCAUCCGGGGUACAAAGACGAAGAAGAAGUUGCCAGCAUGGCGUUUACUCUUUAUUCUCUCAUUCAAACUGCUAUUCUCUGCUUUAACGCCGUCGCCGUGUUGCACGAAGAAAGGUUUCUCAGCAAAAUCGCAUCAGGUGUGGACCACGGAGUGUCGGGUUUUGGAGAUGACCCAGGAGUCAAAGUCCAAGUCCUCAAUCUCAUCCGCUCCAUCAGAACUGUCAUGCGAGUGCCUCUUAUCAUCGUCAACUCAGCCUCCAUCGUCCUGCUCUUACUUUUUGGGUGACGAGCAAGCAUCAAAGACAAACUGUGGAGCCAAGGAAACAUCUCCCUUACACACACACACACACACACACACACUCACACACACACACUGACUUUAAGGUCAAAGUGUUGUCUCACAUUUUCAAAAUCCUUCCAGUUUGAGCUGAAUCUUUUUUUUGCUAUUACAAUGUUUCUUGUUAUGGCACAAUAAUAAAUAAUAGAUUUUAUUUGUAAAAAAAAAAAAAAGCACUUUACAUUGAGUAAACAACCUCAAAGUGCUACAGUGUAUUAAAAAAUAUAUAUAAUAAAAAAAAAUAGAACAGCCAAAUAGCUCGAACAAGUAUGCAUAUAUCUAAAAAAAGGCUUUUUUAAAAAGACGGGUUUUUAAGCCAUUUUUAAAAGCAUCCACAGUCUGUGGUGCCCUCAGGUGGUCAGGGAGAGCGUUCCACAGACUGGGAGCGGCGGAGCAGAAAGCCCGGUCUCCCACAAGUACAUUUGUACCUCCACAAAUACGCUCAUAAACACAUAAUAAUGGGACUGCCUGUGUACGUAGCUUGUCGUUACAUCUCCGCACAGUAGAUGGCGUUGUAACUCUUCUUCUUAACACACCUGGUCCUCCAGAGAAUAAGGAGAUGUAGCAGGAGGGACAACUUGUAUAUGUAGCGAGUAUUCAGACCCCCUCUGGUUAGUAUGCUAUAUAUAAGUGAUGUGUGCCAAAUCUAGUGACUUGUUCAUGGGUUGUAGGACACUAGUGGAGACUCUGGCAUGAAAACACACGUCACAUUUUAAAGGCUACUCAAGUCUUGACUGGGAAAUUGACCAACAAAAUGAAGCAACUGCAGGAAAGUUUCUUCAUAUUUCACAACAUAUUUGCUUUGCUUUUCGUGUUUUGUUUGUUUUUUACUCACUUUUUGUCGUCCUCACAGCGUCCGUAGACUUAACAUGCACAUGCGUCAUGGCCAAUUAUACCCACCGUCAUGAAUAGAUGGCAGUCCUGUGGGAAACUCUGUAGUUUUAGUAGUGAAGCAUUCGGCCAAAGGGUGACGUUUUUGGGUGAGCUCGUUUUUGUAUUAAUAAGUGACAGUAUAUUAUUAUUAUUAUUAUUACACUUGACACUAAUUUGCUUUGUCAUCUAUAACACAAAAACUAUGAUGUCAUUGUUUUCUUCAGAUAUCUUCACAUACUCUAUAUUAAACUACAAAAGAGAUUUUUUGUGUGUACAAACAAUAUCCUCUAAAUCAGGGGUCACCAACCUUUUUGAAACCAAGAGCUACUUCUUGGGUAGUGAUUAAUGCGAAGGGCUACCAGUUUGAUACACACUUAAAUAAAUUGCCAGAAAUAGCCAAUUUGCUCAAUUUACCUUUAACUCUGUUAUUAUUAAUAAUUAAUGAUAUUUACACUUAAUUGAACGGUUUAAAAGAGGAGAAAACACGAAAAAAAUGACAAUUAAAUUUUGAAACAUAGUUUAUCUUCAAUUUCGACUCUUUAAAAUUUAAAAUUUAACCGAAAAAAAGGAGAAAAACUUAAAAAAAGAAUUUAUGGAACAUCAUUAGUAAUUUUUCCUAAUUAAGAUUAAUUUUAGAAUUUUGAUGACAUGUUUUAAAUAGGUUAAAAUCCAAUCUACACUUUGUUAGAAUAUAUAACGAAUUGGACCAAGCUAUAUUUCUAACAAAGACAAAUCAUUAUUUCUUCUAGAUUUUCCAGAACAAACAUUUUAAAAUAAAUUCAAAAGACUUUGAAAUAAGAUUUAAAUUUGAUUCUACAGAUUUUCUAGAUUUGCCAGAAUAAUUUUUUUGAAUUUUAAUCAUAAUACGUUUGAAGAAAUAUUUCACAAAUAUUCUUCGUUGAAAAAACAGAAGCUAAAAUGAAGAAUUAAAUUAAAAUGUAUAUAUUAUUCUUUACAAUAAAUUUAAAAAAAAAUUACUUGAACAUUGAUUUAAAUUGUCAGGAAAGAAAAGGAAGGAAUUUAAAAGGUAAAAAGGUAUAUGUGUUUAAAAAUCCUAAAAUCAUUUUUAAGGUUGUAUUUUUUCUCUAAAAUUGUCUUUCUGAAAGUUAUAAGAAGCAAAGUAAAACAAUUAAUGAAUUUAUUUAAACAAGUGAAGACCAAGUCUUUAAAAUAUUUUCUUGGAUUUUCAAAUUGUAUUUGAGUUUUGUCUCUCUUAGAAUUAAAAAUGUUGGGCAAAGUGAGACCAGCUUGCUAGUAAAUAAAUAAAAUUAAAAAAAUAGAGGCAGCUCACUGGUAAGUGCUGCUAUUUGAGCUAUUUUUAGAACAGGCCGGCGGGCUACUCAUCAGGGGCCGUACUUAUCAAGCUUCUUAGAAUGACUCCUAAGAAGUCUGCUAAGAGUUGACUUAAGAGUAAAUAAAUUAUUCGCUGAAAGCUGCACUUAAAAGUUAGUUAUCAAGCGUCUUACUCACACUUUCAGCGAAGUGUAGGACUGAAUCUUAAGUGUCACACUCAGAGCCGAAUUACGACAUUACUAUGUGCCGUAAAUGGAAUUUUAGGUGACGUCAUUUCUGUGUCCAUAGAAAUGACCAAUCACGGAAGGGAAUCCGUUGUCUAAGAAUAAAGAAAUAUCUUGGAAAUAUUUAAGUGGACAAUGGGAGUGUAUAUUUUGACAAUAAACUACAAAAUAAUACAAAACAAACUAGUCCCCGCCGGCACUCACGCUACCGCUCCCUCUCUUCUCUCGCCCACACACUCACUGACGUCACUCACCUCACGGCCACACACAUACGCUACUGUCAUAACAUUUUCUUUCCAAUUCAUUAAUUAGGCAACUCAUUUGAAACUGGUGUGGGUGGCUCUAUAUAUACUAGCCCACUGCAGACACAUGCAGAAAUCAACAUGGAAUCGAAAAGUAUUAAAUCUGUGACAAAAAUAAUACCCGCUCUGUCUAAACGAUACCGUUUGAUCAGCUGCUCGUCAUCAAACAAGUCCAGAACAUCGUUCCGCUCCCUGAAUGUUCGCGCACGUCUCUCUCGCCUCAGUGCCAUCCCCUGCUGGCAACUCCUAACCACUUAAGACACCUCUGAAGGUCUCUUAAAUAUCGUGGAGAGUAGGAGUGAUUCUUAGACUUAAGAACGUUGAUAAAAAGCUUUUAUUCUUAAGUUUGAGAGUAGGACUAAAUUUCGCAAAUUCUCAGGACUUAAGUGUAAAAUGGCACUCUAAGAAGCUUGAUAAGUACGGCCCCUGGUCCUUACGGGCUACCUGGUGCCCGCGGGCACCGCGUUGGUGACCCCUGCUCUAAUUUGUAUGUACUGUAUGUCGUAAAUUGUACUGUCAGUAUUUAAAAAAACAAAAAUAAUGUAUUUCAAAUGUUUAACCGCAGUAUUGAAAUGUUCAGUCAUUAUUGAGGCAGCUUCUCAAAGAAUUGUGCCAAACUUGAGGAAAACAUGUUUAUAUUAUCUCUGAGUUGUUUAUCUCCCAAUAAAUGGCAUUUCAAACUUUGUAAUAUCAUAAUCCUUUGUGUGUCCAGCAGAAAAGCCCCCCCAAAAAAUGUUUUCUCCCCUGUUGUAAAUAUUUGAUCUCUGCGCUGACCCCCUGCUGCUCCCCCAUAGGAAUAAUCCCUCAUGCCAGGAAUCAUAACAGCAAUUCCUGCCUCGCUGAUUGCAACACAUAUUUGUACUAGCACUUAUUCCAAAUAUGUGGCUGCGCUGGAGUUGCAAGCAUAUGUUUUCAUCCUAGAGAUAUUCCCAGUGAAAGUCACUUUAAUCUGUGAUUAGGCUGAAUGGACUUUUGGCUGUGAGCCAUUUAUUUGUGCACAUUUGCCAUUUUUGCUUCAUAUCUUAAACAAUUACAUGAUAGGUUCAUUUUUUAGCAUGUUUACAUGUCCGGAAAGGAGCAGGAAAAAGCAAUGUGUUUAAUUCCACUGCUUAAACUUAUACUGAUAUUGUGUUCAGUUCCUGUAUUAAUCAUGUUCUUAUAUAUUUUGAUGGAAUUGUGUGUAAAAGUAGAAUUAUUAGAUAGAAGAUAUGAUGCAUAAUACCUUAUUAAAUUAAAUGAAUGGCUUAAGGAUACAAAUAACUUUAAUAUAAUAUGUUUUGCACAGUUCUAACAUGCAAUGCAGGAGCAGAGAAAAAGAUGUAUAUUCACCAUGUAGAGGUAACAUGAGAAGAGGAUUUAUGGAAAGCGCUUUCUGGCAUCCUGUCGAGAGAAGGGCUUUAAUAUUUUGCUAUAAUACCAGGCAUCAUAAUAAAUCUAUCCUGCACUAAUGCGAUAUGUCUGUUAGUUGUUAGUGGAAUGGGACACAUAUGUUUUUUUCCUCUUAUCACUAAUGAGUGAUUUAGUGGUUAAGG